AUGCCGGCGCGCGUGCGGAUGAGGUGGACGGCUUAUGCUGGAGUCUCAACGGCUCUGGCCGGCUUCGUCAUUCUCAAAGCCCUCGCGCAACGGCCAAACUUCUACUCAGCCGCCGUUUACCUCUCGCAAUCCUCAGCGAAUCUCAUGAUCCUUACGAACCUCAUUUUCGUUACCGCCUGUACAGUAUUAUUUGGUUUGCAGAAGCUUCUAUACGGACCGCUCCGUCCGAUCGAAAUCGAGCAGUUGUACGAGAAAGCUUGGUUUGCCGUGACAGAAACAUGUUUGGCCAUGACAAUUUUCAGAGGCGAGAUAGGGCCUUGGUUCUUGGUCAUGUUCUUCUCGUUGUUGGCGGGAAAAGUAUGGGGUUGGAUUGGCGAGGGAAGAGUCGAGAUUCUUGAACAACAGCCACCGCGAAAUCCGAAGUUGUUCCAUACUCGACUCGCUCUGAGUCUGGGGUUGAGCGUCGCCUUUGACGUGUCCAUGCUUGAGUACAUCAUCCUUCAAGUCAUGCGCAUGGCCAAGCCGGACAUGAUGGUCAUGUUUGGGUUUGAAUUCGCUAUACUAUCGAUCUCAAGCCUCAGUACCGCAUUUCGGUACGCCAUUCAGCUGUUUGAGAUGGGCGUGGUAAGGGAACAAAAAAGAGUUCGAGCAGAAACGAUGCGCAGGGAGCGAAUGGACGCCGCUAGGGGAGACCUCGAAGCCGCCGAACGCAGAGUCGCACAGCCUCCAGCCGAUACGACUGAAUCAACUCCUGCUAUGUCCGUCGAAGAUGCACGUGCGGCUCUGCGGCGAGCCGAACAACCCGUCGAUGACAACGAGGUCGAAGUUGAGGGCUGGGAGACGAAAGGAAGAUGGGUCUUCUACCUGGACCUGGCAACUGACUUCUUCAAACUCGUUGUCUACCUGUCAUUCUUCAUCAUAUUGCUGGUAUUCUACGGACUGCCUAUCCAUAUCAUGAGGGACGUCUUCCUUACAACACGCUCGUUCUUCAAGCGGAUUUCUGAUUUCAUGAAAUAUCGGACAGCCACAAGAGACAUGAACGAAAGAUAUCCCGAUGCGAAUGCAGACGAGAUCGGGAGGGAGGAUGUCUGCAUCAUCUGCAGGGAGGAGAUGCGACCCUACCAGGCUCCUGCACCAGGACAACCACCUGCGAAUCCAGCGGUAGAGCGAAUGAGACCAAAGAAACUACCUUGUGGGCAUGUCCUGCACUUUGCCUGCCUCAGAAGUUGGUUGGAGAGACAACAAGUGUGUCCGACCUGCAGGCGCUCGGUCGUGCCCACUCCAGCCACAGGUCCGACCACUGCUGUACAGCCAGGAGCCAAUGGUCAGCCGGGACAGCACCCACCAGGUGAUCGACCGGGACCCAGAGUGUACCAGUUCGGUCCACUACGCAUCGGCGUUGGCGCUGCCAGGGGCAACAAUAUGUUUGAGGAACUGCAGCAGCAGCUUGCCGACGGAAGAGCUGCGGCAGGCCCUCGAGGUGACCAGAAUGCUCCUCAACAGUAUGGCUUCGGCAUCAGGUGGGAUGGGAGGCACAGAACUCGGCGGAGACACAGAGAACCUCAAGGAUCGCUGAGGGAGCAGUUGGAUAGCGUUGAGCAGCAGAUUCAGCAAGAAAUGCAAGCUCUAGCGCAGAGCUCGAGGGAGUACGCUCUGUUGAGAUCAAUGCAAGUCGAGCUGGACAGAGUGCGUGCAAGCCGAAACCAGACGGGAGCCCAAGGAGCUGCAGCAGGAGUUCAGCCUGCACCCGGGCUAUCACUACCUCCAGUGCGCCCAGUACAGGUCCUGCAGGCAGCGUCAGGCGAGCAGCUAGUUGCGGCGGGAAGCGACCAGCUUCCGCCAGGACUUACAAUUCCGGAGGGGUGGACGCUGAUGCCUCUCCGACCCGCUGCUGCUCCUCAAGCGGCUGGACAAAUGCCUUCGGUAAUGACUCAGAUGACACCUCAGCAACCAGUGGCGGCCCCGCCCACCUCACAACAACCACCACCAAUGACCGUCCCGGCCGUACCUGAUCAUAUCCGAGCCAUGUUCAACUUGCCCGGUCAGACAGAUGGCGAAACCAUGACUACUGGCAGCCAAAUGAGCAAUCCGGUCCAAGCACCGCCGUCCAGCGCAGAGGCAUCGAGCACACAGACGAGCAUUGAUCGACCAACAGUAAGCACUACCGCUGUACCGACUACAAAUGGAGAAAGCGUGCCCAGCCAAGAACCACCCGUACAGCAGAACGGCGACAGCCAUGUCCAACCUCCAUCAGCACCAUCCAUUGCGGCGCCUUCUGCACCAGAGUCGCUCCCUAUUUGGGGCUCGCCAUCAGACGCGCAGGGAAACGGAGAAAGCAGCGAUAGGCAAGUCGAAGCUGAGUCGGCCACUAAUACAGUUGCGCCUAAGUCUGCUCAGGAAGCAUCCACGUCGAGUAAUGCUCCAUCGAAGCACGCAACAGUGGAAGACAUGGUGGAAGAUCCGGAUUGA